UAAUCUAAAAUCUCCCAUUAGACACGUGGCAUAAGCUAGGGUUUUGGGGCUUGGCAAUGGAGAGGGCGAUCGGCGCUGCUGAUCCGAAAUAUGUGGCUGGAUCGAAGAUUAUCUGCGUUUCGUCGUGGGACAAUGCGCGGCAUUCGGCCGAGAUCAUCGAUCGCAGGGCCUCCAAGGAUGGAAUUGAGUACUACGUUCACUACAUUGAUCUGAACAAGCGCAUGGACGAGUGGGUUUCUCCAGGGCGGAUAGAGAGAUUGGACACGGAAGUUGCUCCAACGUUGAAGUCUAUGAUGGCUGAGAAGCUUGCUCCACUCACAAUUCCUGGCACACCGAAUUCAGGUGGACAGGGAUCCUGUGAUAGCAAGCACGACACUCCAGGCACGUCAGACAGGAAGCUCACCAGGAAUUUUAAGCGGAGAUAUGACGAGAUUCACAACGUCCAAAAGGGAGUGGACGAGCUUGCACCCAUCGAUCAAACUCUAGAAAAGGAGCACGAGGAGAAGACGAAGAUCAAGAACAUACAGGUUGUGGAACUGGGAAAAUAUGAGAUGGACACCUGGUACUAUUCGCCCUAUCCAGAUGAGUACGCGCACGAGCACAAGCUUUACAUUUGCGAGUUUUGUCUCAAGUAUGUCAAGAAGAGAAGAACUAUUGAGCAACAUAAGAUAACGUGCCACCUGAAGCGGCCUCCAGGCAAGGAAAUAUAUCGAAUGAGUGCCCAGUCCGACGAUGGAAGCGGCAAAGCUACUUUGGCUCUCUUUGAAGUGGAUGGGUUACUACAAAAGCUCUAUUGCCAGAACUUGUGCCUGUUUGCGAAGCUCUUUCUGGAUCAUAAGACUCUAUUUUAUGACGUCGAGGCUUUCUUGUUCUAUAUUCUCACCGAGAUUGAUGAAGACGGGUUCCAUUUAAUGGGAUAUUUUUCAAAGGAAAAGCUUUCACUGGAGGAGUACAAUUUGGCCUGCAUUUUAACGCUACCUCCUUUUCAGCGACGCGGAUACGGACGCUUGCUGAUUACUUUUGCGUAUGAACUUACAAAGCGCGAGGGUAAAUCGGGGACACCAGAGCGCCCGCUAUCUGACCUUGGGAAGGUGAGCUUUAGAAGCUACUGGACGCGAAUUCUACUGAGCAUUCUCAAGGAUCAUCGGGGAAAUUUGUCUAUAAAGGAUUUAAGUACCAUGACAGCCAUUCGCACUGACGACAUUGUUCAAACUCUUCAAUCUCUGAAUCUUAUCAAGUACUGGAAAGGCCAGCACAUUCUUUCAGUUACAGCACGCGUGGUUGACGAGCAUUUGAAGAAUGUCGGACCACAACCAACCUGGAGCAUUGAUCCAGCGAAGAUGAACUGGACUCCAACAACAUAUGCAAUCAAAAGGCCACGGUGACGUAGUUUAGAGGGACCGAAGGAGGACUGUAAGAGACGUGAGUAGGACUACAGAUGAUGCAGCUGUGACAGUUGAGAGCAGGGACAAGAUUAUAAGAACUUUGCUCGGCCUCAUAUUCAACA